GCUUUAUUGAGGCGUUGAGUAGAACUGUAUUCUGUCUUUUUCGACUGGAAGACCGUGUGCGCGAUGGAGGCGUCCUCCGUGUACAUGUGUUUUCCCUGCUACCAGGAGUUCCCCACCCUGGAGGAGGUGCUGGCCCACCAGCUCACCUGCACCGCCGAGGCCCCCACCCCCACACCUGCACAGGUGGACCACAGCAGUCUGCAAGAGGAGCUGCCUGAGGAACAGCACUUUGUGAGUGUGGCCCCACAGGAACAUGAUCUGCUCCCAGACCCCGCCUCAGACCUGGGGGGCCAUGAGCUGGGGGACGACGGGACGGGGCUCAAGAGGGCCGCUGACGCCCCGCGGAUCCUGUACCAGUGCGGAGACUGCGAGGUUCUCUUCGACUCGCUCGGCCUCUGGCAGCAUCACCGCAAGCAGGGAGUGUCAGCAGCAGCAGCAGGAGGGGAGGAGCCUCAGGGGCCCGAGGGCCAGCACACGCCCCCACCCGAGGAGAUGGAGGCGGAGCAGGCAGGGGCCAAUGCCGAUGGACAGAUAGAAGCGACCAAUGAGGUCUCGCCGGAGACAGAAAACCCCCCAGAAACGCACGCUCCAGAAGAGCAGCCGUGUGUGAGCGGAGCACUGGACCCCCCCGCGCCCGCGGCCCCCGCCCCGCCGCCAGCCGACCCCCCCGUGAGGAGGCGCGGGGCCAAGAAGGCCAAGCCGCCGUCCAGCCUGCUGUGCGUGGAGUGUGGCGCGGGCUUCUCGGCCAUCGCAGAGCUGGUGUCGCACCGCCGUACCCAGCACGGCCUGCAGGAGGCGCCCCACCGCUGCCAGGUGUGCGGAGAGGGCUUCCUCAACACCACCCUCUUCCUCUACCACCGCAAGCAGCACCCGCAGCCCAGGGUCGUCCACGGGGUCCCCCACGCACCCCACGCCCAGCCGCCCACCCCAACCACCCUGCUCUCCCUACAGCAGGAGGUGGUGCAGGUGGAGGUGCUGGAAGAGGAGGAGUCUCACGGCCAGGGCCUCCUGCUAUUGGCUGCUGCCGGGGAGGGUCAGAGUCUGGGCCUAGACCUGGCUCCAUUAGCUCCUCCCACAGAAGCAGACACGACCCCACCCAUACCUAUGGAUACUGAGGCCACGCCCACUGAUUUAGAGGUCAUGCACGUCGAGGCUCAAGCCACACCCACUGAUUUAGAGACCAUACACAUCGAGGCUCAAGCCACGCCCACUGAUUUAGAGGCCACACCCACUGAUUUCGGGGCCAUACACGUCGAGACCCAAGGCAACCUGGUUGAUGAUCAGGCCACACCCAAUGACACUACGACUGGUCAGCUUCAGGAGGGGGUGGAGUCACAGGAGGAGGAGCCUGAGAAGAAGAUGUCGGAGGAGGAGGGGGGAGGCGAGGAAGAGGAAGGUGGCGAAGAGCCAGACGCGGGGCGCACGUUCUUGUGUCGCUCGUGCGGUUCCUCUUUCCUCAGCGAGGGGGCGCUGCAGAUGCACUGUCAGACGCGCCACGGGCAGAGCGGGGCGCUGCACUCCUGCGAGGUGUGCGGGCAGGAGUUCAUGAACACCACCCUGUUCCUGUACCACCGCAAGGAGCACCGCGCCGCACACACUCUCUCAUACACCCCCGCCUGCCUGGAAACACACACCAACAACACACAGCCAGUAGAAGAUUCUGGAGCUGCUUCCUGCGGUGACAUCACAAUGGAGCUCCCAGAAGGCCAUGCGGCUGUUCCGCUGAUCUCCUUCGCUCUCCCCGCGGCCUCCUCCGACGCCCCCGCCAACGAGCCCAUCCCCCCGCCCCCGGCCCAGCUGUCCCGUGACUGGUCCCGCGCCGCGCUGCCCCACCGCUGCCCCCACUGCGGGCGCUCGUUCACGCGCCGCUCCCUGCUGCGGGCGCACGUGAGCAGCCACACGGGGCAGAAGCUGUUCCGCUGCGCCCUCUGCACCAAGGCCUUCUCCAGCCCCGCCAACCUGCUGCGCCACAGCCAGACGCACGCGCCCGCGCACGCCCACUCGCGCCCCCACCGCUGCCACGUCUGCGCCAAGGACUUCAGCCACCCCGCCACCCUCAAGCGCCACACGCUCACGCACACGCGCACGGGGCCCCGACGACGACGCGGCCCCCGCCUGCUCAGGACGGGCGCCCAGGAGGACGGAGACGGACCCUACCUGCACACCUGCCCCGACUGCCCCGCCAGCUUCAAGAUGCACUCACAGCUGCAGAAACACAGACUCCUCCACACCAGUCAUCCUUUCCCGUGUGAAGUUUGUGGCGAAGCCUUCAAGCGCAGGAGAGAUCUGAAUUUACACUCACUCACACACCAAGAACCGAAGUCCUGCCCCCACUGUUCUGCCCAGUUCCUCAACCAGACGGUGCUUGAGGUGCACCUGCAGCGUUGCCCAGGCAACCAGCCGGAGGCGGGGCUCGAGGGCGGUGAGGGCGGAGUCCAGCGCGGGCGUGGGCGGGGCCAGGGGCGGGGCAAGGCGGGGGGGCAGCUGGAGUGUGAGAUGUGCGGCCACCUGUGUGUGACGCAGGAGGGGCUGGAGCUGCACCGGCUGUCCCACACGGGCCAGACGCCCCUGCGCUGCCCCCUGGUGCCCUGCAGGAGGCGCUUCGCCAGCGGCGCCGCCCUCGGGGAGCACGUGCUGGCACACUGCCAGGGCCUGCAGGGCAAGCAGCGCGCCCCCAGCCGCUACCGCUGCCAGCACUGUGCCAAGGAGUUCGCCUACGCGUCCACCUUCGCCGUGCACAUGCGCAUACACACCGACGAGAGGCCAUUCGAGUGUUCUCACUGUGGGAAGCGCUUCAGGCAGCUGCCGCACCUGCAGGACCACGAGCGGAUCCACAGCGGCCUGCGCCCCUUUGCAUGCUGGGUAUGCGGCAAGAGCUUCAGCGUGGCGGCGCGCCUGACGGAGCACGCCCGUGUGCACAGCGGCGAGAAGCCCUACGGCUGCCCGCGAUGCCCCGCCGCCUUCCGCUCCCGCGCCAACCUCGACAAGCACAUGCAUCUCCACGCCGACGACCCCGAGGCGCCCGGCGGCGAGGGCGAGACCGCCGUUCAGACCAUCCUGCUGGUCCACCAGGCGGCCUCGCCCCCCCACCACACGCACCCCGGCGACGACCAGGCCGAGACCCACCUGGAGGUGCAGGAGGGCGGGGGCGGGGCGCUCAUCCUGCCCGCGGAACAGGCCUCCAGCGCGGGCGUGCUCGUGCCGGGGUCCCCCUCCUCCGCCUCCUCCUCCGUGGUCAUCCUGCACCCCACCAUCACCGUGCCCUCCGGCGGAGUGCCCAACAUCUCUGUGGUGGAGGGACAGGAAGUCCCGCAUACCAUAGAGUUCAUCAUCGAGGAGACCGUCUAGAGGAGCAGGAAGUCCCGCAUACCAUAGAGUUCAUCAUCGAGGAGACCGUCUAAGAGGAGCAGGAAGUCCCACAUACCAUAGAGUUCAUCAUCGAGGAGACCGUCUAGAGGAGCAGGAAGUCCCACAUACCAUAGAGUUCAUCAUCGAGGAGAGGAACAGAGGGAGGAGGGAGGGAUGCUGCUGACAGAUAUAGAAAAAAAAGUUAUGAGAAAUCAAAUUUUCAGACACGCGUGUGUGUGUGCGUGUGUGUGUGUGCGCGCGUGUGUGCGUGUGAUUAACCUGGUGUUGAAGCGAGGGAAUAUGUUGUAAGAUGAGAGGUCAGCGUAGGGCAUGUGUUAUGUAUAUAUGUGUACAUCUUUUGCUCAGACUGUCUUAGUUUUUUAAUGUAAAUGAGAUUUGGAUUCCAAUGGGCUGCUACUUGCGCCAGUGUGUUUCUGUUUAAUAAACCAUCUUCAGCUCUG